UUUACUUUCCGGGGCGACAGGGCGGCUUUCCGGGGCGGUGCUCGGUCCGGAUUGGGGCUGCGCAGGCUGAGGGAGCGCGUCUGGAGGAGGGACGGUGCGAGCCUGGCGGCCGCCAUGAGUAGUUCACAAAACAAUGAUGUGAAAAGGCAGUUUCUUCUAGAACGGUUACUGGAUGCAGUUAAGCAGUGUCAAAUACGGUUUGGAGGAAGAAAAGAAAUUGCUUCAGAUUCUGAUAGUAGAGUCACUUGCUUGUGCGCUCAGUUUGAAGCUGUGUUACAGCACGGCCUGAGGAGGAGCCGAGGAUUAGCAUUAACAGCAGCAGCCAUCAAACAGGCAGCAGGUUUCUCUAGUAAAACUGAAACAGAGCCAGUGUUUUGGUACUAUGUGAAAGAAUUUCUGAAUAAACAUGAACUACAGCGCUUUUACUCUCUGAAGACAAUUACUACAGAUAUCGGCAGAGGUCGGGCUUGGUUGCGCUGUGCAUUGAAUGAACAUUCCCUAGAAAGAUAUGUUCAUAUGCUACUUGCAGACAAGAAUCGGCUUAGUGUCUUCUAUGAAAACUGGUCUUUUAUGAUGGAUGAAGAACGUUCUAGUAUGAUUCCUACAAUGGCAGCUGGUCUGAACUCCAUUCUGUUUGCAAUCAACAUUGAUAAUAGAGAUUUAAAUGGACAAAGCAAAUGCACACCCACAGUGUCUGAUCUGUUAAAAGAAUCAACACAAAAUGUAACUUCAUUAUUGAAAGAAUCCACUCAGGGUGUUAGUAGUCUUCUUAGAGAGAUAACUGCAUCCUCUGCUGUCUCCAUUCUUAUAAAACCUGAUCAAGACACUGAUCCGCUUCCUGUUCUCUCAAAGAAUGUAAAUGCUGAAUUGAAAUAUAAGAAAGAUCGAAAAAAGAAGAAAAGGGUGACAAAUAUAAUAUCAUUUGAUGAAGAAAAUGAUGAACUAAAUGUGGGAGAAGCCACAAAGACCCCUAUUACGGGACAAAGUUCAGAGGAGAGUUUAGAUAGAUCUUCAGUUUUUAUAUUACCCUCAUCUGAAACCAAUCAUGGAAAAAAUUCUAAUGAGAAUGAAAGUAACCACUCGUGGAAAAGUAAUUCUGUUUUUAUGAAUGGAGAGUAUGAAUACCAGAAACUAGAUGUGAAAAGUAUUGAUGAUGAAGAUGCAGAUGAAGAUGAACUAUGUGGAAAAACAUCAGGAAAUAAAGGGACAGAAGCGGAAACUGAACCUUCUGAAAAGCCUCAUGAAAUUGUCACAUGCAAUUCUCAGAUAUGCAGCUGGACUCCUCUGCAAGUUCUGAAUUAUGACUCAGAUGUCCUGUUUCCUGUCAGUGCUGUUGACUCCCAAACUGAUAAAUUGGAGAAUGGAGGGGGGCACGAAGAUGUUCUUGAUGCAGUAGAACUGUUUCCAAGAAGAUCUGAUCUUUCCUACAGAGUGGAAGUCAGUCCUCCAGCUCAAGUGAAUACUUUAAGCAAUAUGUUGCCUUCAGCCACUGUGCCCGAAUCCAUGACAAUUAAUGAACUUCGUCAAGCUAUUCUGGCCAUGGUGAAUAGAAAAGAUGAACUGGAAGAACAGAAUAGGUCCCUUAGAAAUCUGCUUGAUGGUGAGAUGGAGCAUUCUGCAGCACUGAGGCAGGAAAUGGACAAUUGGAGAAGGAAGAUAGCAGAACAGGAAGAGCGACAUGCCACGAAAGUCCAAGCCUUGGCACGAGAAAAUGAAGUGCUAAAAGUGCAACUUAAGAAGUAUGUAGGAGCUGUCCAGAUGCUCAGAAGAGAAGGUCAAGCAGUGGAAGUUUUGCCAAACAUUUGGAGCACUGAUGGUGAACUUAAUAUUCCAGAGCAAAAGCAAGUAGAAAACAAUGAGGAACUAGCCAGCUCUUAUGAAAGAAAAUUGAUUGAGGUGGCCGAAAUGCAUGGGGAAUUGAUCGAGUUUAAUGAGAGGCUGCACCGUGCUCUAAUGGCUAAAGAAGCUCUUGUGUCCCAGAUGAGACAGGAGCUAAUUGAUUUGAGAGGGCCGGUCCCUGGAGAUUUGAGUCAAACAUCUGAAGAUCAGAGUCUGUCAGACUUUGAAAUAUCAAAUCGAGCUCUUAUUAAUGUUUGGAUUCCCUCAGUCUUUCUGCGUGGAAAAGCUGCUAAUGCAUUCCAUGUUUAUCAAGUUUAUAUAAGAAUAAAGGACGAUGAAUGGAAUGUUUAUCGAAGAUAUGCAGAGUUCAGAAGCUUGCAUCAUAAAUUACAGAAUAAAUACCACCAAGUGAGGACUUUUAACUUUCCACCAAAAAAAGCUAUUGGAAAUAAGGAUGCAAAAUUUGUAGAAGAGCGUCGCAAACAGCUGCAAAAUUACCUAAGGAAUGUAAUGAACAAAGUUAUUCAAGUUGUGCCAGAAUUUGCAGCCAAUCCCAAAAAAGAGACUCUAAUUCAGCUGAUGCCCUUUUUUGUUGAUGUUCCACCUUCUGGAGAAGCAGUGAGCAAAAGCAGUUGCUUGAGAGUGACUACACGCUUCCCAAAACUGUCUCGCAGCCAUCAAAGAGAGCCACGAAGUCUGGAACCUCAAAGCGGUGAUCUUUGACCCUUUUUCUAAUUCUGAAUAUUGACACUAUGUACUUUAAGUUGCUCUGUGAUUCCUUCCUAGCUUGUAUUUAUAAUUUAAGCUCCUGAAGAGACUACAGGCUACAUCAACUUAAAUCCUGAAAAAGACAUUCAUUACUAAGGGUUGUAUCUUGACGAAGUUCUUUAGAAGUCAGUAAUCACUUUCUCAGAAUGAGGGCUCUUCACCAGGGCUCACCACACUUGUAAGCAUUUCCUUUGUUUUGUGAAGCUUCAAUGCACAUAUUCUCCUUUGUUCUAUUCAAGCAAAUUCCUUCUUUGUGUUGUUGUGUCUUCCUUUGCACAUGUUCAUUUUUCUGGUUCAGACAUGAGUAUUAUAUCACGACAAUUUUCCUUGAAAGAACAGCUAUGUUUAUCACUACUUACUAUGUCAGUAAAAUGUACUUUAAAUGACCUCACUAAUUUAUAACCUCUUGUAAAUAGAAAGACUGGGAAGACUGUUGUGUUUUUGGUUUUGUUUUUUUUUUUUUUUUGUAAAUUAUUAUUGGGUUUUUUAAAAACUUGACAAAGAUGACAAGGGAAAAGUGGUACAGGCGGAAAAACAGCUUUUCUAUGUUUCUAGCUUGAUAUUUUCAAUAGAUUUCAUUUGUGGCAAGUAAUUCUUUAAAAUCAAGUAUCAUAAUUUUUUUUUAGUGAAAUUUCAGUCUUGAUUUAAGGCUGGGUGCAAUAUUAUUAAUUCCUGCAAACCACCACAAAAUCAGCAUGGUACAAAAUGGUGUUUUCAAGUCUUGGGUUAUACUUUGUUAUUAGCUUGUCACUGUUGCUACAGGGCAGUCCCUCAUAUUAACUGUGAGUUUGGAAUUAAUACUCUUCAUUCGUAGAACACUUCACGUGGUGAUAAUUAAGAAUUACCUGUAAUGAAAGUGCCUGUUAUGCCUGUUACCAAUCAUCUGACACUGAACAGUAUUUUGCUAUGGUAAUACUGUAAGUGUAACUAAAAAAAAAGCAAGAAUUAUUACAAGUGAUGGAAGUUCAAACAAGGAUUAACUGGAAUCCAGUUCAGUAUCAUUAGUUGCUCUGCUGUAGGCAGUCAAUUGUGUGUUAAGUAUUUUCUUCAUUAGGUUUAAGCAGUGUACAUCCAGAUUUUCUGUCAGUUGUAUUCUGGUUUUCCUUUGUGUAAGAACAUCCUUAUUCUCUGAAGUUUUGUUUUUUAAUAAUGUUAAUUUAAAUUUGUGUAUUUUGUCAUUUUAGUAUCUAUUAAUUUUAUUCUCACAUCAGUAGAUACUGAAAUCUAAUGUUAUCCUGCAUGAAAAAAAGUCAUGUUGAUGAUUAAUAACAGACUCUUUGCAUCAGUGCUUUAAGAACAGCAAGUAGUGUCUGUGCGCUGGAUCAAAAUACAAAAUCUGAAAGUGCAGCUUGGAAAAUAGCCUUUUUUUUUUUUUUUUAAACUAAAAGAUGAAUUGCUGUUGGUGUCUUGUCUAACUGAAAUAUUUAUUGAAGAAGGAAGAAAAGCCAGUAGCAAGUCAGCCAAAACCUCUCCAAACUCUUCAGUAUGAUGCAAUGCUGGCAGAGUAAGCUUUGCCUUCAUUGGAAGGAAAAGCAGCUGUAAUGGUGGUCCCACUCUGAAACAAAUCUGAAUUCACUUUUCUGAAAACAGAGACUUGGUUAGCACAAAUAUGACACACAUCCACAUUAACAAUGAAUUGCAAGCAAAUCUGAAAGAAAGCAUGUUUUUAAAUCCUGUGUAAUUACCUGUUUGUCGUUUGAAGCUGUUUUUGUUUUCAGGAAAUAAUUCACAAAUUAAAGGACUUCUUGUUCCAAAAGUUGCAAAUAGUAAGAAAACUCGUUUUGCACAAUCCAAAUUUAAUUUUUUUUCUAGUUGCUAAGGAGGAAUUUUUUUCUUGGAUCUACAUUUGACUCUUAAAACUAGUUCAUUUCUUUUUUAGUUCUAUGAAUUUUUAAUGUAUGUAGAUUACACAAAGAUUCUGAACUUGUUUACUGUGUACAGUUUGUUCUUUAUUAACUUCACCUGAAUUAUCUGCUGCUAAGAUUACAGCCUGCAAAUAGUGUUUGUGAUAUAAGGUAGUGUAGUGGGUGCAUUACGAAUCCAUUUAAAUACUCACCUGUGGCUUAUCUGAUCUCAAGAUAAUUGAAUUAAGCCUUUCUUCACAAAUCAGAUUUCCCACCUCACUUGGAUACUUCAGGAAGGCAGUACUUGCAUGACUGUGAAAAGAUGCCUGGGAACAUGAAUGCUCAAAUUUUUAUCACCUCAGAACGUUCUAAGAUGCUGUCUUUUAUAAAAUUACAACUCUCUGUCACAAAUCCCAUUUUUUUGCUUAUUCAUCAAAAUCAGGAAUGACAGUUAACGAAGGAUGACUUGCUGGCAUUAAGGAUUCCAAUAUAUUGUUCAUGUAAAAUAGCUGCAACUGCAGCGAAGAUUCUAUCAGCUGGGUGAUUGUACCAGUUUCUCUUGUGUCACCUAAUUCCAUGCGUGUAAUUGUCAUUUCUGUAGCAUAUAGUUAUUGUUUUUUACAAGUCUCAUAUAUUUUUAUAAUAGCUGAGCGCUCUUAAGUCCUUAGUUCUAGCCUGUGGCUGCUGCACAGUGAGUUGAUGGGUUCAGCCGGGUCUUUCUGCCUGCUCUGAACGUCUCUGUCAACACACAAUGCAGGACCCAGGCCAGUCUGAUCCCAGCGCUUGUUCCUUCAAGCUUUAGCCUACAGUGUGGCAUUUAGAAAUUUGAAGUAUCACUUUCAUUUUGUUCUCAUUUUAUCUUUAGAUGUAUUCAGUUAGUAGGGCUGCUCAUCUGCAACCUUUAGAGUCUAUUCAAAAUAAAAUGGCAUUACUUUUUAUUGCUGCUUUCCUGUCGCACACAAAAGGAACAGUUUUCUAAGAAAAUCAGGGUAGACAAGACUUGGAUCUUUAGCAAAUGCAAUCAUCUAUCAGUAUUAAUCUAAAUAUUGACCAUUUUUUUUCAGAAUUUCAUUUAUUUAGAGAUUGUGUCACUCUAUAGAGAGAAUGCAGUAUACUGACCUUGCUUUUUCCAUUAAAUCAAGUUUUUCAAUAAUAAAAAUAAAUUCCAAGGUUUAAAUGAGGCAACAUAUUGGUGUAGUUAUAAAGUAUUACAUUGAUACAUUCAUUAAGUCACAUUGUUAAAAAAUUAAUAAUCUCAAAGCCAGUUACUUUUUGUUGAAAUAUAUUGUUGAUGUGGUAGUUGAAAUCAAAUUGUAUCGUCUUAUAGAAUGUGCUUGAAGUUUUAAGCCAUCGUGACUGAAUCAAUACAAGUACUUAAAGGACAAAAUGGUAUUAAAGACCAUUGGCUCAAAAUUGUGACCUAAUUGUGCUAAGGUGUAUUUUUGUUAGAAAAUGUCUUGUUCUAUUUUAUAAAACGGUGUGUAUAUUGGUGUGUCUACAUCAGCAUGGUAGCUGUUAAAUUAAUUCAUUAGAACCUGCUAGCAAAUGGAGUUGAGUGACUCAGAGCAGCAAGCUAAUAAUAAGCAAGACUCAGUGAGCUCCAAGUGAACUAAUGAUACUGUUCAUCAGGACGUAUUUAUGAUUUAAGAAGAUGGUGUUUUGUUAACAGAAUCAGUUAUUAAUAUUUUCAGAUACGGAUGUCAUUCUCUUUGUUUCAAAGUGGACAAAAAUCACAGUUCUGCUGUAAGUUUCAUGCCAUUUCAAAGGUACAACCAUCACACUCCACAACAUCUGUGAUGUCAAAACGUUUUUCAUCCAGUAUCUAGUAAUUCUGAGGGCAGAUAAUCUAUACCUGUGGAUAGAAAUACAGUUAUCUGCUUAUAAUUCCCAAGAGAAAUCUGUGGAGCAGUUGCUUAAUAAGAAUAGAAACUCAAGAAAUAAAGGUUUUGUUCUCCUUUUCUGUAUGUUGGGGUAUUUCAGUCAAUGUGUUGUAUUACUACCUUGAAUAUUAUUUUGAUGGAAUAUUUAGCCCUUUUACUAGUUUCUUAGUAUUAUGUACUGAAAGAAUCAUUUUAAUGUAUGAAAUUACGUAUACAAAUUAUACAAAUAUCAGCUAACUUGUUUUCUAUUUCACAUAUUGAAUGGAAGAUGAAAAACUUGCUCUAACGUUGUACAUUUAUUUCUUGCAGAUAUCUUACUCUGUAUUAACUGUACUUUUAUUGUCCAAUUAUAGAUAACAUCAGUUGUUUAUAAAAUCUCUUUUCAAAAGUAAGAAGAUACUUCUAAUUAAUGAUAAUGGCAAGCUUUUGCUUAAUAAUUGCAUGAAUUUAUACUAGAAAACACCACUCAAUUGUUUAGAGAGGAAUGAAUUUUCCAAAUUUACAAAUUGCUGCAAAUAUCAGGACUUUAAAAUAUGUAUAUGUAUAUCUUUGCUCCAUCUAAACAAAUAUAUUGCACUGCCGUGUAGGAGGAAUCAGUUUACUUAAGAUUUUGAAGCUGAUGUCUGUUGUCAUUACAGAAGUUACUGUAGCAAUUGUUCUCUUCAGCAGUGUCAACAAUUUAGGACACUAAAAAUUACAGGAAUGCAAAUUUGAUUGAACGUAUAAAUUCUGAAAGGCUGCAUUUUCAUUUUUCCUGAAAACUGAGAUAAAUAUCUGGUGUAUGGGGACCAAACAGCAGGAAAGUGAAGAAGCUUGACUUCCCUUCUGAUUUGGAGGAGAGAUCUUAGUGUUCCUGUUGAACUGUAAAAAGGAUUGUAUUAAUUCUAAAGCAUAUAUGUGUACAGCACUCACCUAAGUAUUAAUAAACUGUAAUACUAUUUUAACUUGUUAUGCUAAUGUUUACAUUAGAGAUUUUUAAGAAAAUGUCUAUAUAUAUAUAUAUAGUUUUCUAAGUAUUUUCUUGCAUUUUUUAAUAUUCUGUGGUAAUUUUGUUGUAAUUUGGUUGAAAUAUACUACUUUAUCAAGAUGAAAAUAAAAAAUGUCUUUCACAUUUGAAGCACAGCAUGCUUACAUCUUAUUUGGCCUUUUCAGCUGUUCUAUAAACGCUUCUGUGAUCUGUUCAUUUUUUCCUCAGAGUUUCUAGAAUUAUAUACUUAGACAUCAAACUUUCUGUUGAAUUUGUUGAAGCCUUAUGUCACCUUAUUAGAAGGAGCAUUUACUGGCAGAGCAGGGGUUGCCUGUAGAUGUCCCUGUUAAUUGCAGGGGAGUUGGACUAGAUGACCUUUAACUGUCUCUUCUAACUCACAUUAUUCUGAUUCUAUUCCCCUGCUCUUUAUUUUAUUGAGAAAUGAUGCAUUUGGCAAUUCACAAUGUCAGAUGCUUCCAUGUCACUUGAAGGCAAGCUGCUGGAUUUGGCUGCUUCCUAUUCCUGUAGAGGAUAGUUUUAAAGUUGUGGUGUAUAUUUAAUCAAUUUCCACCUAACAAACAAAGCUGUAAUUUAAAAAAACAACAAAACAA